GUUGAAUUGUACGGGCGCCUUACUUCUAUCCAAUUCGUUCUUACUUAUACACAUUUGCAUCUGGACAUUUUGGGACAGUAUGGAACUUAUCCUCAUUGCUAUUACAACUGUCUUCUAUAUGGCGCAAGCAAUAUCCUUCUGCUCGAUCAGUAACACAACUGUGCAUUGCUUCCCAUGCAGUGCCAUCUGCACAUCAAAUACAAACGCCUGCUUUAGGUGUCCCAUUAACUGUACCGAUCCCUGUGAGUUUGUGUGCAGUCAGUGGUGCCUUCACCAAACAUGCGAGUAUCAGCGAGGACAGCUCAUAUGCUCUGAGGGAUGCCAAGAUGGGCGAGCAGGGAUAUUUUGUCAAGAGUUUUGUGCACAAGACUGCCAAAGCUGUGAUCAGUUUACAUCAGAGUGCAAAGAAGUAAUUGGGAGUCCUAAAAGAACAGGUGCUGUAUCUUCUGAACAAUGGCUGGUAAUGGGCCCUGUGUUUGCUGUCAUUCUUCUUCUGGUCAUUGCUGCUGGGCUUUUUUACAAGAGGAGGUGCGCUCUUGGUUGUCUCACCAGGCUGCUUACCUUUGAAAGACGUGCCAUCUCCGGGAUAUCUGGACACGGGCCUGCAAUGAAGGAAGAGGAUGACUCAAGAUGCACACGCGAGGUCACUGCUCCGUCAACCCCGGCUAGAGAGUACGAAGGUGUUGGUAACAUAUAUGUUGAAAGUGUGCAUAUGUAUGUCAGUGUGGAUCAUGAUCAGACACACGAAUAUGCCACUCCUGACUUCACGCAAGGAAAAGUAGAUAAGGAGAAGUACAAGUAUCUGACGCCAAUUCCUCAGAAUCUGCCUUGAGAAAAUGUUCCUGCUGCUUACACCAAGUUCCACAGUUGGACAAAACAUCUAUUGCCCUAGAACAUCUUCCCAUUUGAGAAAUGUGUUUUUUUUGCUUAAACUAACCACCGGAUGUUGACGGGGUGGUGUGUGUGUGUGUGUGUGUGUGUGUGUGUGUGUGUGUGUGUGUGUGUGUGUGUGUGUGUGUGUGUGUGUGUGUGUGUGUGUGUGUGUGUGUGUGUGUGUGUUGGGGGGUAAUCCUCGGUUGUUGUCUGUCCUACGUGAUUGACAUUACCAUGGAACCUCACACACUUUGGCCGAAUGGUCAAAUCAGGAUGUUUCAUAAGUUGAUGUAUUUACAUGCUAUGGAAUGUGUCUCCGUUAAAACAAUAGUCCGUCAAUGGUUCCUGAAUAACGAGACCUGUCUGGUGACACUUGAAGCACUUCAACCAAGAGGAAUACUGGCGGGUGCAUUAUAGCAUCACGUUCUUUUCUCAUGUGUUGUGUAUUUCUUUAAACUAUUCUGGCGACCACUCCGAUUUCAACUAUUUCCAUAAUAGUACCUUAACAAUAACUGUUUUGAAAUUCCUGACACGCAUCAAGUCCAUCUCCUUUGGCGCAAAACCAACAAACCGAAGAAAGCCGAAGGUUUAAUGUGACGUUUGUAAUGAUUUGUCUAAACUCUGACUUUAGAUUGCGGAAUAAUUGGAAUAAAAUGAAUGGCCACAUUGUCACAAUAACAUUUAUCUAACCUGUGUUGUUCACUACUUUGAUAAGGGGCGGUCGGGUAGCCUAGUGGUUAAAGCGUUCGCUCGUCACGCCGAAGACCCGGGUUCGAUUCCCGACAUGGGUACAAUGUGUGAAGCCCAUCUCUGGUGUCCCCCGCCGUGAUAUUGCUGGAAUAUUGCUAAAAGCGGCGUAAAACCAUACUCACUCACUCACUACUUUGAUAAAAAGGCAAAAUGACAAAUGUUAGUUUUGUACUUGCCUAAAACCAGUGUUUAAAGGGUAGAAGUUUGCUUUGACAGGAUCUCUAUCAGGCUAGAUAACAAUACAAACGGCGUCUGUCAAAACAUGAUUGCACAUGACCUUUCCUACCAUGACUCCAUAUGUUAUCUCACACAAUGUCAGAAGGCCAUGCGACGUGGCGUUAUAUUGUGACUGUGCUUUUCAAUUUUAACUUUGUUGAAUGUUGCUUAAGGAAAUAAAACUUUUAUAUCA